GCAAAAAAUCUAACAUAUAUCUCAGAAUUCCAUCUCCUGGGACUCUCAGAGGAUCCAGACUUCCAGCGCAUCCUGUUUGGAGUAUUCCUGUCCAUGUACCUGGUCACCUUGCUUGGAAACCUGCUCAUUAUCCUAAUUGUCAGCUUUGACUCCCACCUCCACACCCCCAUGUACUUCUUCCUCUCCAACCUGUCCUUGGCUGACAUGUGUUUCAUCUCCACCACAGUCCCAAAGAUGAUCGCAGGCAUCCAUAUUCACAUCAGAGUCAUCUCCUAUGUGGGCUGCUUAACUCAGAUGUCUUUUUUGUCACUUUUUGCAUGUAUGGAUAGUCUGCUUCUCACUGCGAUGGCCUAUGACCGCUUCGUGGCCAUCUGUCACCCUUUGCAUUACUCAGUCAUCAUGAGCCCUCGCCUUUGUGUCUUCUUAGCUCUGAUGUCUUUUUCAGUUAGUGCUUUUGAAUCCCAGCUGCACAAUUUGAUUGUAUUACAACUGACCUGCUUCAAAGGUGUAGAAAUUGCUCAUUUCUUCUGUCAUCCUUCUCAACUCCUUAACCUUGCCUGUACUUACAGUUUCAGCAACAACAUAGUCAUGUAUGUGAUUGGUGUCAUAUGUGGUGUUUUCCCCAUCUCUGGGAUCAGUUUCUCUUACUGUAAAAUUGUUUCAUCUGUUUUGAAAAUUCCAUCAUCUCAUGGAAGGUAUAAAGCCUUCUCUACCUGUGGGUCUCAUCUGUCUGUUGUUUGCUUAUAUUAUGGAACAGGGCUUGGGGAGUACUUUGGUUCUGUUGUGUCACAUUCUCCAAGAAACAAUGCAGUGGCCUCACUGAUGUACACAGUGGUCACCCCCAUGCUGAAUCCCUUCAUCUACAGCCUGAGGAACAGGGACAUCAGUAGUGCCCUGAAAAGACUGAAGAGUAGGACAGUCUAA